GAGAGAGUGUGUGUAUGUAUGUGUGUGUGUGAGGGAGAGGGAGAGAAAGAGCCAAGAAGCAGACCAGAAAAUAACUGCACAACACUCACAAAUACACACAGACACAGUAUAAGCAAGAAUGGCUGCAGUAUUCAUGGCAACAAACAUGGCGGGGAAAGCAAGGUCCUCCAAUUUUACAUUGUCUGAAAAGCUGGAUUUGUUAAAGCUGGUCAAACCCCACAUUAGGAUUCUGGAGGAGCACACCAACAAGCAUGCAGUGAUCGUGGAUAAGAACAAGUGCUGGGACAGCAUUGCAGAGCAGUAUAACACCCUGGGGGGCGACAGGCCUCCUCGCACUGCGCAAGGCCUCCGCACGCUCUACAAGAGGCUGAAGGAGAGCGCCAAGCAGGAGAUGGUGCAGCGUAAGCACGCCCAGCCUGAGUAUCGAGGCAGCAUCUCUGAACCCACCAAAAGAGUGAUGGAAAUGAUCCCCCAUCUCUUCAGGCCCAUCCAUGACAAGGACCACAACGCCUUGCCAAGGAUGAUCUACAAACAUGAUUCCUCUGUUGAACAGCCAGGAAGCUCUUCCUCUCUGCCAACUAUUUCAGACUACCAGCCUGCCUCGGUUACUGUGAGACUAGAUCAGGAGAUAGAUGUGAAGCCUCCUCCCGAGCUCACCAUUCUUUCGACAAGAAUCGAGGGGGACCAGGAAGAAGAUGAAGAUGUGAUGUCUGUGCACGGCCUUGACGGAUCCAUCUCCCCAUGCCCUUCCUCUAUCAACUUGGCCGUGACCAUGUCUCCAUCUCCCAUUCCAAUGAAAAGGGAUAUCUAUUCCAGAGCUGAAAACUUUAGGCAUCUGACUGGCAUUGAACAUGAAACACUGCAGCUAUCCAAGGCUGAGCACGAACUGGUCAUGGACAAUCACAGAAAGAUGGGUCUGUAUAUUGAGGAGAAACGGGAGGGACUGAAAAGGAAGCAGCAGCUGGAAGAAGAGCUGCUGAAGGGUAAAAUCAAAGUAGAGAAACUAAAAGCAGCAAGACUCAGACAUGGGCUUCCAAUACCACACAUGUGAUCCUUACUGGAUGCUUUUCUAUGGAUUAUACAGACUAUAGCCACUGAAAAGUCCAUUAUGUCUUGAUCAGUUCUUUUAUUGCCGACCCAAUACAGUGCAGCCUAAGAUAUAUAAAUAUUUAGAAGGCCUGACCAUUUAUGAUUAUUUCCAUUUCAUAAAUGAGAAAUGUGAAGUUUUUUUUUAUUCCUACAGUAAAAACAAAACAAAACAAAAAAAAAAAAAAAAAAAAACAUUGUGUAUGCAGUGUAGACCAAAGAUUGCUGCAUUAAAGUAAAUUACAGUACUGCAGUAAAUUGCAGCUUACAUGUCCACAGAUAUUGUGUGUGUGUGGGUGUGUGUACGCACACACGUUGUAUUAUUUAAGCAUUUUAUAUCACUGAUUGACAUUUAGGUACCAAAUGCCAUUUGCAUUCUGCAUUAAGAUUGGCACCAUUGGCCGUCCAUAGGGUGUUACUCCAUGGAUAUUAUGAAGCAAAGGAUCACUAAGUUAAAGUAAGUUAUUGCUUUUCAUAUAUAAAUAUCUGUAACGUCUGUUAUGUUAAU